GGAAAUACCAACACCCUCUGGAUUUAUUUGAUUGGUCACUUGGGAUUAGGUCGACAUUACUUGAAUGUAAAAGUGGUUUGUCCCUGCCAAAUACAUAGAUGUGGUCGUCAAUAUUUGGAUUCAACCAAUGGCGAGUCGCUGUUUUACUGCUCCUGAUGACAGUCUCACCAUCGUUUUCGGGAAAAUGUUUGCGCCCAUGCUCCUGUGACCUGAAGAAACUCACUGUUGCCUGCAUCGGCAAAAAUCUAACUAAGGUUCCCCCCACAAUAGAUGAGAUAACUGUGAAGCUGGACCUUAGGAAGAAUGACUUGCAAGAGUUACCCAGAGGGUCCUUCCAGCACACGCCCUACCUCACACACCUCAACCUGCAGAGCUCCAACAUCCGGUCAGUGCGGGAGGGGGCAUUCCGUGGCCUUGGACGCCUUGUCUAUCUCAACCUGGCACAUAAUAACAUUGAUGUCCUGUACCAGGAGUCCUUUGAUGGUCUCUUGUCCCUGAAGCAGCUCCUGAUCGACCACAACCGCGUGGAGGAGGUCCAGCCAGGGGCCUUCACCCAGAUGGGCUCCCUCAACCUGCUCUCACUCACACACAACCGGCUGGUCUAUUUGCCCAACAUGGCCUUCCAGGGCCUACUGAACAUCCAGUGGCUGAAACUUAGCCACAACUCCCUCAACAACCUGGCCACAGAGGCCUUCGCCAGCCUCUUUACCCUCACGCGCCUCAGUCUGGACCACAACGAGCUGCAGUUUUUCCCCACACAGACAAUGACCAGACUGGUCGAAGUUACCCACCUGGAGAUGAGCUACAACCCAAUGAUCUAUAUGGGAGAGGAGACCGUGUCCAUGGCUAAACUCACACACCUCUACUUGGACCACAUGUCCCUACAGGACCUCUCAGACGGCGCCCUCAUUCAUGCGCCCCUCCUCUCCCAUCUGGACCUCAGCCACAACCAGCUCCGCUCCCUGGAACCCAUCUUGGGCCCCAGAGAGCUGUCGUUCCUCAACCUCACGGGCAAUCCCACCUACUGCAACUGCCACCUGCGGCCUCUGAGAGAGUGGGCCCAGGUGGGCCAGGUGAAGCUCCUGGGGCUCUGCGCCGGGCCUCCGCACCUCUCGGAGGAGCCUCUGGAGGCGGUGGACCCAGCAGACCUGCGCUGCAGGGGCAGGGAGGGCCUGACCAAAGAGGAGCUAGAGGAGGCCGAGGAAGCUGGUGCACAGCUGUUGGCGCCCCCGCCAAAACCCCAGAAGAAGGUCGGCUGUCCAGACAACUGUGAGUGUGAGCCUGAAGCUCAGCACGCCACCUGUGAGGACAGGGGUCACACUAAAGUCCCUCAAGGCUUUCUCAAAAACACCAGCCUGCUGGACCUGAGGGACAACCACUUCCACAACGUCCCCUCCAACAGUUUCCGCGGACUUGCCAAGGUCGUCUCCCUGCACCUGGACCGGUGCAAGAUCCAUGAGAUUGAAGCCGGGGCCUUCCGUGGUAUGAAGGGUCUGCUCUACCUCUACCUGACGGAGAACGACCUCACCUCCCUCGAGCCAGACACCUUCGCAGGGGCACCGCAGAUCACCUACCUCCACCUGGAUGGUAACCGGCUGACGCAGUUCCUCUCAGCAGCCACGCUGGCGCCGAUGCCCAGCCUGCUGGAGCUGAAUCUGGAGGGCAAUGCCAUCUCGAAGUUGGAGUCGGCCGGCAUGCUCUCCUCGGUGAAGAUGCUUAGGGCAUUGUACCUGGCCAACAACACCAUCGAUUCGGUGGUGGCCAAAGCCCUCGACCCGGCGCCGCACUUAGACAAGCUGCACUUGGAGGGCAACAAACUGACCGAGGUGCCCAGCAAAGCGCUGGGAAACGCUCCACUCCUUCGAGAGCUCCAUCUGUCGGGGAAUCCUAUACGCUGGGUGGGCCCAAAGGCAUUCAUGCCUAUCGCUCAGAGCCUGCAGCGCCUGUACUUAGAUGGCACUGGUCUGGCGAAGAUGUCUAAGGACUCCCUUGCUGGCCUGGGCUCAGGAAUGCUCACCUUGUCUCUGAAGGGGAACCAGCUGGAGAGCUUACCCAGCCUGAGCUCCCUCACUGGACUGCAGGAAGUCAACCUGGCCGACAACCCACUGCUCUGUGACUGCAAUCUCCUACUACUACGCAAGUGGAUGGACAAUGUCAGCCUGACGGUGUCAGCAACCUGUGGCCAUCCAGCUGAGCUGCAUGGGCAAAGUGUCAAGGAUGUGUCCGUUUUCCAAACGUGCCCAGAAGAUGAGCCGAGCCCCUCCAAGCCCCCUUUGAAAGCCAAAGGUGCUGCAAAGGCCCCGAAGAAAGUCAAACCCAAGCCUUCUCUGCUGAGAGGGGGCAAACCGAAGAUGUCAAAGACCAACCCCAAGCCAGUGGAGAGUCCAAAACCGUCAGCACUUCCUAAACCAGCCAAGAAGAACAAGAAGUCCAAAAAGAUAACGCAACGAUAGAGAUACCACUAAAAGAACACAGCAUCUUUCCUUUGCUACUCUCUGUAAACACAUGGAAAUAACACUUUUUUUUCUCAAGGAUGAUAUAUUAUGUGCAUUAAUUACAUGUGAUGUUUAAGAUUGUAUUGCUAUUAUUACAGUUGUUGUGCUUUGAUUCGAGGUAACUGUGAGAGAUAGUGUAACAUAAUUAAAAACCUACA